AUGUCACAGUCAUUUUUAUUGGAACCAGAUAUUAUAGCAGCGACUGAAAAUGUUAUGCCCGACUUGAAUAACGAUUUAGUACUUGCAAAAAACUUUUUGAAACAGCAGAGCGCGGCUACGGGUGAUAACUUAUAUGAUCACCUGGUAGAUCUAGUGCACAAAAUCCUUACACACAAGCCGCCCGAUGUAGUCGACAACUUUGAGCAGUACUCGUGGGAGGUGAAACAAGAGAAGCUCAGGCCUAACUUUGAUUUGUUGAAUGAUGUAUACUUGUCGCCGCCGCAGCUCGCUAUUGCGAGGAAAAUGGAUGAGAUGUUCAAACUGGUGGCUAGCAAGUCGCAGAAGAUGCAGGAGCAGGGCGAAGAAGAGCAAGAGUUGGAUCUUGAGGAAGAGUCCGACAAGCCGAGGAUAACUGAUCUUAUAGAUCAUAAUUACUACUUCCGUCAGGCAGGCUAUGGACUUCCAGACAGUGAAUGCUACGCUCUAUAUAUAGCUUUAAACAUGUUGGCCAUAAAGGAGCCCGUUGCUACUGUCAGGUUCUUCGGAAAGAUUUUUGGGACAAAGGCUAACUAUUACGUGGCAGAGACUGAUCUCACGAUAGAAGAACUAGAUCGGAGAAUACGGGAGUUUGAUAUGAAAGACAUGCCUGGCGAGGGUGAGGGUUUGGACGAAGAACGCGUGCAGGAGCAAGGCGAGGAACAUAAGGAUAUCUUGGGAGAAGGAGAAGAAGAGGCACAGGCACAGAAGCCGAAGGAGCCAGUGCCUCCUAAGUUGCCUCCCAUACCUUUAUCUACAUGGCAACCGAAACCUACCAUACCGGUCGAAAGACCCGGCCAAGGCGUUAACAAAAAGGUGUAUUGGGUGUGUAAUUUGCCUGGUGAUCCAUGGACCUGUCUCCCGGACGCGACUCCGGAACAAAUUCGUGUGGCGCGGCUUAGUUUGCGCGCCAUGACCGGAGAUCUGGACGCUGAGGUACAAACGUUCCCGCUAUUCGAAGGCACGGAGCGUCACUACCUGCGUGCUCAGAUCGCGCGCAUCGCCGCUGCCACAUCGAUAUCGCCCCAAGGCUUCUACACCUUCGGCUCUGGGGAGGAGGAGGAGGACAUCGACUUGGAGGAAGCCGGGGAUAUGAACUUCAAUCAGAACCCGUUCUAUCAAGGGCAUACCAUCAAAGACCUCGUUGAUCCAGAGUUGGCAUACUGGGUGCACCACGGCAGACAUAUUCUCAAGCAGGGCAGAACCAUCUGGUGGAACCCGCGUCCCGAAAUGCAGGCGAGUUGUCUGCUGGCUGUUUUGUUUAAUUGCGCGAGUAGAGCAUCUGUCAAAAUAGCGAAUCGGGAGGAAGGCGAAGAGGAGGAAGAUGAGAAUCCCCCUAGCAUUGAAGCGGAGACGGGUCCAUCAUUGUUUGCCCCGCUUUCAGCAGAUGUUUCUACAUCUGGCCCGACAUGGACCACCCGAGUUGGUUCCGUGCUGGGCGGGCGAGCUCUCGCCGUGAUUAGGAGCAACCUUUGGCCUGGUGCCGUCGCUUAUGCUACAGAUGGCAAGAGAUCAGAAUGUAUGUACGUCGGGUGGGGUCUAAAGAACGAGCCGCCCAACUUCUCGCCUCUACAGCUUCCACGGCCCCAGGAAGAGUACUCCGUGGGCCCCGAGGUCAUGGAGAUGGCUGAUCCAACAUUUGCCGAUGAAGAGGUGUACCGCAUCGCCCAUCUACCGCCAGCCCCCCCUGCAGAGAUUCCCGGAGAAGGUGGUGAGGAAUUCAGCGAAGAAGAAGAGGAUGAAGACUAA